CAUAGGAACUGGUUCUAAACAACGAAGAAGCACAAUGAAGUUAUUAUUUCUAUUUCUUAUGAUCAUGGCUUCAACAGCGUUAGUCAUGGCGACAUGUCCCUCUUAUUCUUCCAUCUUCAGCUUCGGUGAUUCCGUCACCGACACCGGCAACAGGAAACUGAUCUCCUCUACCAAUAUAUGCUCCCCACCUCCCUACGGCCAAACCUACUUUCAUCAUCCAACUGGUCGUUGUUCCGAUGGACGCCUCAUCAUUGAUUUCAUAGCGGAGUCAUUGGGGAUUCCAAUGGUGAAACCGUAUUUGGAAAUUAAGAAUGGUGUAUUGAAAAAUAAUUCAGCAAAGGAAGGAGCGAAUUUUGCGGUUGUGGGAGCGACAGCGUUAGACGAUAGUUUCUUUAAAGAGAGAGGUGCUUAUGAUCAUCCUCACAGUUAUUCAUUAUCGAUUCAGUUGAAUUGGUUCAAGGAACUUCUCUCUACUCUUUGCAAUUCUUCAGAAAGUUGCCAUGAAGUUCUUAAAAACUCGUUAUUUCUUGUGGGAGAGAUUGGAGGCAACGACUUCAAUUAUCCCUUAUUUAAACGAAGGAGCAUAGAAGAGGUUAAAGAAUACAUACCACAUAUAAUAAAAUCAAUAGUUUCAUCAAUCAAAGUAAGAUAUUUCUUUUUCAAAUGCUAUUAUUGUCUUGUAUGAUUAAGGAUAUGAGAAAAGUUAAGUUCUUCAUUAAUUUAAAACGAAUGUACA